UUUUGCCCGUCACUCACACAUACACACACACACACACACACACACACACACACACACACACACCAGGUUGUCUGAAGCUGUCCCUUGACUUCACCUGAAUUCACCUUUAGCUUACUGUGCCUCUCUGAUUUAAGGCGACCAUGGCAUCGGUGUCGCUCAGCUCCCGCCUCAACAAGGCUGUGCGCCAGCAGUACAUGAGCCUGCCGCAGGGAGACAAGUGCCAGGUCACCUACAUCUGGAUCGACGGCACCGGAGAGGGCCUUCGCAACAAGACCCGGACACUCGACUGUGUGCCAAAAAGCAUAGAAGAUGUUCCUGAGUGGAACUUUGAUGGCUCGAGCACAUACCAGGCCGAAGGCUCCAACAGUGACAUGUACCUCAUCCCGGUGCGCAUGUUCAAGGAUCCCUUCACCCUGGACCCCAACAAACUGGUCCUCUGUGAGGUCCUCAAAUACAACCGCUUACCUGCAGAAACUAACCAUCGAGCGAGCUGCAACAAAGUGAUGGAGGAGGUGAAAGAGCACUGCAUGUGGUUUGGCAUGGAGCAGGAGUACACGCUCUUUGGAGUCGAUGGACAUCCGUAUAGUUGGCCCCAAAAUGGAUACCCAGCACCCCAAGGACCCUACUACUGUGGCGUGGGGGCAGACAAUGCUUAUGGACGGGACAUUGUGGAGUGCCACUACAAGGCCUGCCUCUAUGCAGGGAUCAACAUCUAUGGCACCAAUGCUGAAGUGAUGCCAUCUCAGUGGGAGUUCCAGGUGGGUCCCUGUGAGGGUAUUGAGAUGGGCGACCAGCUGUGGGUUGCACGCUUCCUGCUGCAUCGUGUGUGUGAAGAUUUUGGGAUUGUUGCUUCACUGGACCCCAAACCAAUGAAGGGCAACUGGAACGGUGCUGGUUGCCACACCAAUGUCAGCACCAAGCAGAUGAGAGAGGAAGGAGGACUGCAGUACAUCGAGCAGGCCAUCAAGAAGCUGAGCAAAAAACACGACGAGCACAUCCGUUUCUACGACCCACAUGGAGGGAAGGACAACAUCAGGCGCCUCACAGGGAUCCAUGAAACCUCCAGCAUCUACGACUUCUCUGCCGGAGUGGCCAACCGAGGCGCCAGCAUCCGCAUCCCUCGCCAGGUGGGCCAAGAGAAGAAAGGCUACUUCGAGGACCGUCGGCCAGCAGCAAACUGCGACCCGUACGCCGUGACAAGGAUCAUCGCAAGCACCUGCCUGCUUGAGUCAGAAGAACCAGAAGAAAGCAAAUAGGAGAAUGGUACAUAUGUAGUAAUAUAUAGAAAUAAACAUCUGCCUGUGAGUUCACAUGAGUUGGAUACUUGAAAAACUUGGUAUUUAUUGUUGUUUCCAUAUUAUGUACCUAGGUUUUAAUACAUUCCCAUGUGCACAGACAGUCCUUAUAAAUGAGAAAUUGAUAGGUUGUAUAUAUGUUUGUAACUACAGCAGGUCUUUCAGAACUGGAAAUAGCACUUUUUUUAUUAUUUCUAAAUGUAUAUUAUGCUGCAUUAAUAUGAUGCAUUGUUACAUAAAACUUGUGUUUCGUGUUAGUUUGGGUUGAAGUAAUAAAAAAAAGACAACGGUGCUAUACUUGUGUGUAAGUUU